AUGCGACGAGAACUACAACUACGCGUUGAAACUCUCACAUCACGCAGAAACUGGGCGUCAUGGAAAAGUACGAUCGAGGCACACGCCCGGUUAGAGGGCGUCUGGGGAUACUGUGACCCUGAUAUCCCCGAUGAACAGUACUUGGAGCUAAAAGAACCCGAGAAACCACAUUUUUCCACCGUACGACCUGGAGCAACUUCCAUCGUUGACCUUGGCGAGGCGGACUUCGCCGAACUAUCCUCGAUUGUGAACCAAUACUGGAGUCAGAUGCGGGUAUACGAAGAGACCCAAGAUAGAUUGAAUACCAUCUUCAAUCUCAUCAAAACUCAUGUCAAUCGUGAUCACUUCCAUCUCAUCGAGCAUUCAAAUACCCCUCGAGAGCAGCUGACAAUCCUAUCUGUUGAGUUCAAACAAUCUCCCCUGGAAAGCCUCGAGCCAGAAUGGGAGAUAAUCCAGUAUCUGGCGCGGGAGCCUGAGGUACAAGAGUUAUUCGCACGAUGGAAUAAUCUGUUUGCCGAUUGUGCGAAGUGCCUUAAUCAGGAUGCUCGGAGGGAAUAUGCCUUUUGGGAUUGUCUCGAGGGAGCGGCGAAUCGGGGAAAUAAACGGCGGCCUCUAAACUCUCAGCACUGGAUUCAAAGCAAGUACUGGCCUAAAAAUCUAGGGCUGGAGAGCUGCGCGUCGAAUUACAAUCAGCGUCGUGCACAGGCUGAGAGGGAUUGGGAUGCUAUCUUCUCCCGAGGCUGUAUUGAUAAUUCCCCGCCUUCGAUAUCCACUGAGCCUGUAUCUCAGAGCUUUUAUCCCGAUACUGAGAAUGAUCUGAGUGAUCAGCCUACAGAGGUUUGGGAUGGUUCGGAGGCAGCUGAGGAUGUCCCGGAAGUUGAGAAGCCUCUCGGUACACAGCACGGCGGUGAAGAGUAUCAAUCUUCUAAAUUGGGUGUGGCCAUGGCCGGGGAAGAAGACAUAAAAGAUCACUAUUUGGAAGAUUGGUAA